CAUUCCCACGUGUUUUUUAAUUUUUCAUACAACUCGUGUAAGGUUAGAAAAAUUGUUUGUAAAAUAUUGAUAAAAAUUAUAAAAAAAUCAUGAAAGUUAAAUCAAAAAAAUCAAAUAAAAAUAAAAAACCGAUUCAAAAAACCCGCAAAGAAUUGCGUAAAGAAAAGCGUAUUCAAAAAAAGGUUAAUCGUGCGCAGUAUCAUAAUAAAAAAAAGUUAAUUACUAAUAAUAAUGACAAUGAUACAGAAGUGAAAAAUAAAAAAAUUAAUAAAAAUGAUGAUAUUGAUGUGGUAAAAAAAAAACCUGCAAAAAAAGUUAAAACUAAUGAAGAUUUGGCUAAAGAAAAAGUGAAGCGCGAAAACAAGCAGCAGAAACGAGCUGAGAGACGACGUCUUGAGCAGAGGAAGCUGGUGCUGCAGCAGGACAAUGAGAAGGAGGACAAAAUGAUAAAGCAGCUGGAGAAAAAAUUGAAGUUGAAUAAACGUAAGAGUAAAAGCACUCCAAAGUCAUUUGCUGAUGAUGGGCUCGAUUAUUUGCUGGACUUUUGUAAUGACGAGGAAUCUUUUGCUAAAAAAAUUGAUUACAAGGCUGGGACGAUGAAGGAUGCGCUGAUGGAACUUGACAGCAGUGAUGAUGAUUUCGAUGAUGAAUCUCCGGUUAAAAAAAAGAAGAAAGUGGAGAAUUCAGAUGCUGAGAAAAAGGAGGAAUUAAAUUCUGAAAGUGAUCAGGAGUUUAGUGAUGACUUUGAUGAAGAAGAUUUAGAUGAUGAUGAUGAUGAUGAGCCAGUUAAUAAAGUUAAUAAAUCACAAUUGAAAUCUUUGAAUAGUAAUAAGAAAUCUAAAUUAAAUUCUGAAAGUGAUGAUGAUUUUGAUGAUUCUGAAGAAGGUCUAGAUGAUUCUGAUGAUGAACCGUCAGUCAAAAAAAUUAAAUCAACAUCCAAGACUUCAAAUGCUAAUAGAAAAUCUAAAUUAAAUCCCGAAAGUGAAGAUGAUGAUUCUAAUAUCGAUGAAGAUGAUUCUGAUGACUCUGGUGAUGAGCCUGUCAUUGAAAAAAUAAAUAAAUCCAAAUCAAAAGCAUUAAAUUCAACUAAAAAACCUGAACCAAAUUCUGAGAGUGAUGAGUUUGAUGAUGAAGAUGCUUUUGAUGAUGGGGAAGAAGAUGAAGAAGAAGAAGAUGAUGAUAAUAAAGCGGAAAAAAAUUCAGACGGAACAUGGGAAGAUAUCUACGGUCGUAAACGUGACAAAGACGGCAACAUAAUUGACGAAAAAUCGAAUUCCGGUAAAUAUAUACCACCAGCAGCUCGUCUGAAGCAGCUGGAAGAGUCAACAGCCCACCAAGAAAAAUUAGAACGCCUACGAAAGCAACUGAAAGGACUUAUCAAUCGACUCGCUGAACACAACAUGCACACUAUAAGUAGCCAGAUAGAUGAGAUGUACAUGUCAAACAGUCGUAAUGACAUGAAUGAAAUGUUAUCACGGCUGAUGACAGAAUCACUAGUGUCACCAGUGCUGACACCAGACCGUUUGGUAGCUGAGCACAUGAUGCUCAUCGCUAUUCUUCAUGCGAAUGUGGGAACUGAAGUCGGUGCCCACUUCCUGCUAUCUCUUGUAAAAAAAAUAAACGAGAUGCUUGACGAGCCUCAAGAUGUUUUGAACAAAUCCCUGGACAAUUUUAUUCUCAUGCUUGCCCACCUGUACAAUUUCAAAGUCUACGGGUCGCAGCUCCUCUACCAAAUUCUAAAAAAAUUAGCAGAUAAAUUCACUGAAAAAGAGAUCGAGUGUAUCUUAUUAAUUCUCAAAACCGUAGGAUUUUUAUUGCGGAAAGAUGAUCCGGCUGCUUUGAAAGAACUGAUCAUCAGCUUGCAGCAAAAAGCGGCAGCCAAUAAGUCAACUAAUUCAAGAAUCCAAUUCAUGCUGGACGUUUUAAUGGCCAUUAAAAAUAACAACAUGAACAAAAUACCUCAGUAUGAUCCCUCGCACGUAGAACACUUGAAGAAAUUGCUGAAGAGUUUUCUGCGCAAAGGGAACAGUGUCACGCAGUUUAACAUUUCGCUGAGCGAUCUGUUGAAUGCAAAUGAGAAGGGCAAGUGGUGGAUUGUCGGUUCUGCUUGGACUGGAAAUAUUGACAGCGCCAAUAAAAGUACCAAGGAAAAACAUUCCGAUGGUAGUAUACAGUUCAGUCAGCAGAUUUUGGAACUAGCACGCAAGCAGCGAAUGAAUACUGAUGUCAGACGUAAUAUUUUUUGUAUUCUGAUGAGUGCGGAAGAUUAUUUGGACGCUUUUGAAAAAAUUCAACAUCUAGGUCUCAAAGAUCAACCGGGGAGAGAAAUUAUUUAUGUCAUAAUGGACUGCUGUCUUCAGGAAAAGAAGUUUAAUCCUUAUUACGCUGUACUGGCCCAAAAAUUCUGUGAUUACGACCGUAAAAAUCAGAUGACCCUCCAGUAUUCGUUGUGGGAUAAAUUAAAAACUCUUGACAGCUUCAACAAAGUCCAGCUUAAUAAUUUAGCGAAGUUCUUUAGUCACUUGUUUAUCAACAAAGGCUUACCUCUGUCUGUUUUGAAAGUUAUCUCCUUUGCUGAGCUGGACCAGCCGACGAUGAAGCUGAUCAGGAAGAUAAUGCUCGAGAUUUUGCUGCACGACGAUCUUGAAGCUUGUGUCCAAGCCUUCGAGAGGAUUUCCUUGGCCGCGCAGUUGCAAAAUUUGCGCGAGGGAUUACGUUUGUUCAUCAGUUACUUCCUUGCCAACUACGCGGCUAAGAAGUUGCCGGAUAAAUCUGUACAGAGACUAAAACAACGUACAGAGCUCGUAGAAAAAGUUCUUUAUACCCGUUCUUCUCGGUUAUAAUUAUCACCUGCUAAUUAAUUAAUUAAUUAAAUAUUGUAAAAAUAAGUUGUAAAUAUUAACAUUUAUUGAAUGUUUAUAUUUUUUUAUGAACAUUAAAAUGCUGAUAAAUUAGAAAUUUGACAUCAG